AGACCCCUACUACUUGGCCUUUGAAAUUUGCGAUUUUGACAUUGGAAAGCUAUUGUCUUCUAAAUAUCUUAAACGAAAUGCGACAAUAUUAAAUUGUAAUUUGUGCCUAGAGGUAAAGCUGUUUCCUUCUUACAGCUCUGUCGCAUUGUUUAGCAGCACAUUAAUAUUCAACGGCAACUUCUAAAAGAAUAGGUGGAAAUAAAUAAGAGGAAUUUCCCUGCUAGUCGUAAUGCGACAUAAUCAACGAUUCUUCAUAACACUACUUAAGGUGGUACAGGUUAAAUUUUAAGCUGCUGUAAGAGUCAAGUUGUUAUUUUUGCUGGACUUAAGCAGUAUUCAGUUUAAGGACUUUACAGGCCUCCUUUAAUAUAGAGUAGUUAAGAAAAAGAUAGUAUCUCGUAAACUGCUCAAAAUACUAGCCAACACUUUGAAAUCCAAUACUCCUCGUAAUGGAAAUUUGCUCAGUUUGUGGGGACCAUUCUACAGGAAGGCAUUACGGGGCAAAUACUUGCGAGGGAUGCAAGCUUUUCUUUAAACGAAGUAUCAAAAAGCGCCUGUAUUAUACUUGUCGUGUGGCUGGUUGCUGCCCAAUAAGCAAGCGAUACCGAAAUAGUUGCCAAUAUUGCAGAAUGAGAAAGUGCCUCUCAGUUGGAAUGAAGAGAGAAGCUGUUCAACAGACCAAAGCUCAGGAUUAUGAAAGGCAACGAAGGCGUCAGAAGAGACAACAUCAAAAAGGAACACAAGAAUUGAGAAAAGAAGCUGAUUUCGCUUCUCUUUCUGAUUUCGUACUACAUCUCCAAGAUGUGGAGCCCUAUUGCAGAAAAUCCGAAAAAGACAACAGUACAUUAUCAACUUCCUCUUUGGAAAACAGCGCUUUUUCAAAAGAAUAUUUAAAUAGCGGAAAAGACAGCGAAAAAACAAGUGAAAUGGCCGCUCGACUUUUGUUUAUGACAGUCCACUGGGCAAAAAAAGUCAAACAUUUCUCAGAACUGUCGCAUUUUGACCAAGUAACUUUGCUAAGAGAAAACUGGUGCAAAAUUUUUAUUAUAAAUUUGGUACAAUGGGCAAUGCCUUUCGAAUUAGCGCCUUUGGUUGGGGAAGUUUUCGAGAAAACACCACAAGAACAUCUGGAUAAAGUUCUGCAAAACAUGGGGAAGCUGAAUGAAGUUGUUUUCAAACUAGUACAGCUGCAAUUGGAUAGAGCCGAAUUCUCGCUGCUUAAAGCUCUUGCUCUCUUCAAUCCAGAUACCGAUCACCUCGCAGAUGCCGUACAGAUUCAAGCCAUUCAGAACAAGACCCAGAACGCGCUAGAGGAAUACAUCCGUGUUCAACAUGCUCAAAUCCCCAAUCGCUUCGGUCAGACAUUGAUUCGCCUAGCAGCGUUAGGAUCCGUAGAGAGCAGGGUUAUUGAACAUGUUUUUUUCAACCAGCUGCUCGGAGGAGCUUCUUUAUAUACAGUAGUGGAUGGUAUUCUAAGGACAAAGGAUCUUCAAGGAGAGUGACAGAUAAAGACUAGCUUAGACCCCCUUUCGUGACAAAACUCCAAUCUUUUCAAUGUCUAGAGGUUUGGCACCCAGCAGCUAUUUCAGUACUUAACUUAUAUAUUAAAUGUAAAUGUAAUUUAGUUUACGUCCCCAUCGCGCAUGGAGAGAUUGCUUUACUUCCCGAGCCUGAAGAUCCUAAAGCGCUCCACGCCAGAUCGAACAGGAAUUUUUUGAAAAAGCUAAA